GUGUGUGUGUGAGUGUGUGUGUGUGUGCGCGCGCGCGCGUCUACGGCGCCUCCUGCGGGGGGGCUCGAUCCAGUCUAAACUAGUUUUGUCCAAUGCCGUGAUGAAGCGAAAGCGUUUUUUCCUCCAAUUGUACAUAAAUUUUUGCGUGCAACAAAACUACGAAGCUUGUGGAAUAAACAAAACAAUGGUUCUAUCGAAACAUAAUAAUAAAAUAAUAAUAAUAAUAAUAAUAACAACAAUAGUGAUGAUAGUGCGAGCUUCAGAGGAAUGCCGUACUGCUACAUGGUCGCUACGUUAUUUGAUUUUUAAAUUUCAGACGCCGCACAACGGAGAUUAUCAGCAAGUGACGUCACUUGGACUUGUGUCUUUGUACAUGUGUCACAUGUGUCGCGGCUGCUGGCACGGAAACGGCGCACAGGUGAAACGAAGGCGCGUGGAACAUCGAGCGUGACGAGGGAAGACGGACUGGCCGCUGAAAUGUGGCCGUGACACGGAAUCACUGCACUGCACCAAACGUGUGUCGUGUCGCCCAGUCGCUCCGGCACGCGACACGACACGACAUGAGCGCAGCCAUUCGUGCAGCGUUUCGCAGCUCGUCCUUCGUACACGUGCGGCAACUGUGUCACAGCUGCAGCGCUGCAAUGUUGCAACCCGCGAAAGAAGCCGUUUUCGCGAGACUCCCUGCGGGCGCCUACGCGGGGGAGCGCGCGCAAGGACGCGCCGUUAGGAACCGGGCGGUUCUACGCGGGGGGGGGGGGAGGGGGAGCGACGGCGCGGGGCUCCCCGUCUCACGACCCUCUCUCCUCCUCGCGCCGUCACGUGGCGGAGCGGCGCAGCCAAUCGGCGGAGCGAGCGGACCACGGCGGCCCUGGAACCUGAAUGGCAGCGCCGCGCCGCGUUAUAAGUAGCGCUUAAAAUGCAGCGCGUUCUCCCGGUCGUGACAGAGCUGAGCGCGCGGCGCUGCAUUCACCCCUUUUUCUUUCGUUAAUUUCACUAGCAGUAAUUAUAUAACAAGUGGGAAAUCGCCAGUCAUCCAUCCAUCCAUCCAUCCAUCCAUCUGUCCCUCCCUCCAUCCAUUCAUUUUUCUUUGUUUCCUUCCCAGCUCGAAGUGUCGCCGAGGCCACUUGCAUGCAUUGUUCGCCUCCAGAAAUGGUUUGCGAGACAAAAAUCGUAGCGGACGAACAUGACAGCAUACCCGGGAGCAAAAAAGACUCCAUCAUCGUGUCUUCCUCUCAGCUGUGGACAUCUUCAUCCUCCUCCUCCUCCUCCUCCUCGUCGUCGCCGGCGUCGUCCUCGAGCAAAGCGGGGGCCAGAGGCGUGCGAGCGGAGUCUCUUUUGAUCCGCGAGUUCGAGCGCGCGGACCACGCGGAGGUGCGGCGCAUUUUCCGCGAGGGCAUCCUCGAGCGCAUCCCCAACACGGCGUUCCGGGGGCUGCGACACCAGACCCACACGCAGCUCCUGUACGCGCUCCUCACGCUCGUAUGUUUCCUUGUGAGCAAAUCCUUGGCGCUGACGUGCUGCACGCCCUUCCUCCUGCUGGGCGCGCGCUACUACUUCAGCAGGAAAGUGAUCCUCAGCUACCUGGACUGCGCUCUGCACACAGACAUGGCCGAUAUUGAGCACUAUUACAUGAAACGAACAGGGUCCUGCUUCUGGGUGGCGGUGUUGGAGGGCGAGGUGGUGGGCAUCGUGGCGGCGCAGGGCCGCGAGGACGACAACGCCGUGGAACUGCGGCGGAUGUCAGUGGACUCCCGCUUCCGGGGCAAGGGCAUCGCCAAGGCGCUCGGCCGCCGCGUGCUGGAGUUUGCCAUGCUCAACAACUACUCUGCCGUGGUCCUGGGUACCACCGCUGUCAAGCUGGCCGCCCACAAGCUGUACGAGUCGCUGGGCUUCCGGCAUGUGGGCGAGAGCGAGGAGCAUACACUACCUGGCAUGAGCCACUCGCUGCUCGAGAGGAUGUUCUUCCAGAUCCGCUACCACCGCUACCGGCUGCAGCUGCGUGAGGAGUAGAGCUGCCGCAUGCGGUGCUGCGCUUUGCCCCGCCCCUCUGUGACGCCUCUCUGUUACUGCCAUUCUUCUUAUUGUUUCUAGUGUCAUUUCCAGUAGCUGGCAUUUUUCUUGAAUUUUUUUCUUUUAUAAUUUCAUUUUCUUGUGCAACCUUUUCCCCCUUGUGUUCAGCAGCCAUUUUUCUCUGCAUUUUCUUCACGCCACCCCCACAGCCCACACAUCUUCUGCUUAAUGUUUCUCGUGCCCCUGAUGUUGUUUGAUCCGUUUUUUUUUUUUUUUUUUUUUAUUUUAAAUUAAAUUUUUCACCCACAUCUUGCACCCCACAGCAAAGCCCCUGAACCCUGCACCACUUGGCCAUGCUGCUCCUACUAACUCACCACCUUGGAUCACUGGGAUGGGAUGUUGGGUUGACCAGGAGGGGAGAGGAGAGGGCAUGGUUGGGUGGGCGUGGGUAUGGCUGGGUGGUGCAGGGGUGUGGCUGCAUGGGGCUCAACAUUCCCCCAAGGCACGUGAUGAGACCACGGCUUCCCAGAGGCAGGAACCAGGCUGCAGAGGCGUUAGCAGAGCACCUCGCGCUCCCAGCAUCUGCAGAAAAAGAGCAAAAGCUUAAGAAAAACAGAGUACAGUGAUGGAUGAACAGGGCGGUAACAGCAGUGGGUGUGUGCCUCUUUGCUGGGACUGCUUGUGCAGGACAGCGCCCCCUGCAGUGUCAUCCCCCCCUCCCGUGUCAUCCCCCACGCCACUCUCUCCAUCGUGGGAUCCUCUGGUGGGGUGGCAAGAGCCCACAGCGUGCUGCCAGCCUCCCAUGACAUACGAGUGUGUGUGAGUGUGUGUGUGUGUGUGUGUGAGUGAGUGAGACAGACUUGGUGUGCGUUGGCAUGAUGGGGAGAGGUAGAAUAUGUAACAGACUCACAUUAGAAACCUACAAGAUUAUAUUGAUUGACGUGAUCAAUAUAAAUUGUACUAAUUUAUUUAAACGUAACUUAUUUCUGCAGAAGUGUAUGUACAUGCAUGUGUUCAGGUGUGUAUGUACACACACACACCUGGCUAAUUCCUGAAAUAACAUUGAGGAAGUUAAUUUUUAAUUAUUUCUACUUUAAUGAACUGAGUCCAAGCAUAAAAGUUUUCAUAUGUGAGAAGAAAUUUGGAAUUCAAUAAUUACAUUGCAGCACAAAGUAAUUGUAAGUACAUACGCAUUAUUAAUAUAAAAAGAAACAAGUUAACAUUCUCCUGGUUAAUCAGGUACUAGAUUAUUAUAUCUGCUAAUGACAUUUACCACAAUUACUGCAAUGUAACAAGUCAUUCAGAUAAAUGUGGCUGUAAGAAAAAAACUGAAUACAGGUUACAAAUGUUGCCCCUAACCAAUUUAAGCAUAUAUCAAUGUGGACAAUAUAUUUAUACAUUUAUAUUAUACACACAAAAAUUCCAAGAGCUCUCACUCAUUCUCUUGUGAAAACCAGCAAAAAGAGAAAGUACAGUGAGCCUGAUUUGUUUAAUACUUGUAAAAAGUAAUAAAGAAAAUGUUAAAAGGCAGAAAAAAAUGUUAAAAACGAAAAAAUGAAACAUAAAAAACAUGUCUAAUUUUCCUGGCCUUGUCUCCCCUCGUGGCCCCCGUGACUCUGACCGAACCCCAGGCCAGAGCUCUCUGCAUGCGCCGGGAGGCCUGCCGCGCCGCCCCGCCCCGCCCCGCCCCGCCCCGUCAUCCUCCGUGUGAGCUUGUUCUCUGUGACGUCAGGGUCGCAGCGCGGCACCUGCCCAAAAAGUGGCGCCGCGUGCGUGCGUGCGUGCGCGCGAGCGACGUUACGCCUGCAAACUGUUGAAUGCAGCAGCAAUGCAACGCAAACCUGGCAUGCCUUCGUACCCGGUGUGUCAGCGCCUGCCCUGAACAAGGUGAAACUGAAAAAACUACACAACAAUGGAACGUAAGCUUCUUUUUAGACUAAGAUAUAAUAUUUUGUGUGUUCAUUUGUUCAAAGGAGUUACUAUUUUGCAUGAAAUGUGUCUUCGAAGGAAACGAAUACAAAAACUACGACGGCAAGUCGAAACCGAACCAGUGGAGUUGCGUGUAUUGGCUCAUCUCGUUUCAGCUCAUAGUUUGUUCCUUUGAUUCGCGCUGGAGAAUUUAGGUGAAAAUUAAUGUCUCGUACGUACAUUUCUAUCGCAAGUGGUCCUGCCUUUAGUUUUUUCGUGGAAGCGAGAAAAAGCCCCGGGGUUUCCACAGCGCUCUUCUCCUGCUGCUGUUACUCAUAGGAACUGAACCAGAACCCUGUACGAGUUCGAGAGCCGGAGUGGAACUGAGAUUCCCUGAAUGUGAAGAAAAUUAAAGUGUACUGUAUGUAGCAAUGACUGAACCUGAGCCACAGCCGCUGCCCUCGUGGCCAGAAAGUCCUUCUUGGGGUGUUCGGCACCGCCGCAGGGGGCAGCGCAGAGGUACUCGACACUUAAACGCACUUAAAAGCGCCUCGACGGUUCCACUUCCCGUGAUCGUUAACCCGCGCUGCGGCGUAUCGGAGGCUCUCGGACACUCCGUGCUUCACGUGCUUCGUCGCAGAGCCUUUAACGGGCCAACGACGAGCCUCACCGGUCCGGGCUGUUUGGAAGCUCCGUCUCGCCUCCUCACGCGGGUGAGGCACGCUGUCAGAUUGAAUGUAUGCGCAGCGUCACGUGUGCAUCUUGGUGCGCUCGAGAAGGAGCGCGUGGCGUCGUGAACCGGGUCGCGUCCGUCAGCCUCCGGUAAUUCCUGCAGUUCGGCUCCACGGCACGCGGCCCGUCCGGGCCCGUCGGACCCAGAUCGGCCCUUUCGGCCGGGACUCUUUCGCUCAGUCGACGCGAGUGACCGUGGCGCUCCUGUGCGGUGAAACCGGCCCGCGAAUGUUGUAGCUGAAGGGACGGCUUUGGCAGGCAAACGGUCAGCUGUGUGUGACUACUCAACAUGUCACCUCGAAGAACUUACCCUAUUUUGCACAACACAACACUCAAGUGCUUGUGUCCUUUACCGUUUACUGACCCGCCUUCCUCGAGGCCAACGCAGCAAAGGGAGCGUCGUCCGGCUGCUGCGGGCAAACACGACGUCAGUGUUCGUCGCUACGUCGCUCACGCACGACCACGGCGCCGCUGAGCCAAGUGAGAGCACGCAGCUCCAGGAAGCACACGUGAAAAAGAUGGGAAACAAAACGUGGACCUGUCCAAGUGCAAACAUACCUUUCGGCACAAAUGUCCUUGUGAAUCAGCAUGUGGACUGUGAAGCUGUAGAGCUGGCAGAACUGAAUGUAAACGUUGGCGAUACUCUGAAAGAGCUCAAGAUACUAAAUUCGUGAGAAGAACAUGGCAAUGUGUCGAACGGUCUUCGUAAAACCGGGUUCGUCUCAACAUUCCAUUCUGGAUGGGCUCUUUGUGAUGAUCAGAGCUUUCACCAAAUAUGGUGUUCCCUAAUGAAGUGUCAUGCGACAGGUACUUCCGACCCCCCAGCCUGAUGACCCACGAUCCUCUUAACGUGAGGAGUCUGUCAACUAGGAUCAAGGCUGUAAGAGUUUGGCAGAAUUGCUGCCUUAGACACACAGUAUUGCUGUAUUCACCUUAAUUUCAAUUAGUUUGUUUUUAUUUUCAGGAGAGACGGUCAUGGGAUUGUCCCACCCUGCUUAGGGUACCCUCGUUUGCCCCAAAAGGUCGAAGCUCUGAUCAGCCCUAUGUUUAUGUGUUGUGUUUACAUGCUAGUGCUCCAGUGGCGAGAUCACGUGUGACUGGGUUACCCGCGGUACCAGUGUCUUCGCUGCGGUCGCAUCAUGUGCACUUUCUCUGCGCUGAAUGUGGGAGUUUCUUCGGCGUACCGGUGGUUGUGCCUCUCCCUGCAUGCCGAGGAACUUGUCGUCCCUUUUGCGGUGGGUGCCACCGCUGGAGCUGCACUUUGGAAUUUCGCUUCGGUUUGCGCUCCUGAUCUCCUCCUGCUCAACAGUGUGCCACCAGAUCCGACUGUGCUACAAAAACACUGAAGGCGCUGACUUGGUUGCUAGCAAGAGCACGAAGCGGGAAAUCCAGUCACCGACCUGUUGUGCUUUGCCGCUUCACGCUCUGCGAGGCUCCUGGUUCGGUGCCACGGAGGUGCCGUCCACAGGCCUCCGGCACACAAGGCUUUCAGAAGAGUUGUAGCAGAGGUGCAACCGCAGCAGCAUUUUGUGCAAUUCCUGUACGGCCCGUUCGGAAGGGUCUGAGCCAGAGUCGGCUGCGUUGCGAUACGAAUGUGCGUUCACGACCACCGAGAAGCGGACGGCGGUGCACUUGCUUCUGGCAUCACCCCACAUGCCGGCCUUUCCGCAGCUGUGCGCAUGUGCCAACAGCACGUCGGAUCCGUUGGCCUCGAUGUGUUUGAAAAGCACACUGCUGAGCGUUUCCACACUCGCGUGUAGGGAGCUACUGUGCUUCUUUCUUCUUCAUCCAUUAAGUCCAUAAUAGUCAUGAUUGAUAGUAGACACAGAUAGUUUUUCUUUUAGGUGUCUCACAUCAGUCCUGCUGUUGAGAAGGACACACAAAAGCAGUGUGAAAAUGCAGCUGAAUGUGCAACUUUCUACAGUGACCACUGUGUCCUUCGUCCAAGUCAACUCUGUGUAUAUAGUUAUAACGAGAAGUGUUUAGUUCCAGGAAGACAUUUGUUGUGAGUCUUUUUCACUGCGACUUUCACGAAAAGUUCUGAAUGCCAAGCGGAGCUGUUGCAAUGGGCUGCCGUUGGGCUGCCGUUGGGCUGCCGUUGGGCUGCCGUUGGGCUGCCGGGUGGCAGGUGGCGCUAGACAGGACGCAAAACAAGACUGUGGCUUGUGUUUUGUGGUCAACGUCCGGUUCAUGCGCAGCUUCCAAGAGCACAAAGCACUUGUGGCACAACGGUGCCUUUUUUUGUUUGACGCCAUUUCCCAAUACAGAGGAGCACAUGCACCAAAUCCACACGGAAAACGGCACGAGCCGUGCAGAAACAUGUAUUAUUUCUAGCAGUGUUACUCAAAAGCUGAAACCUGCAAAAGGGAAGGAAGCGCUAUCGUUCUUAUCGGCUGCAUGUCUUCGAGGUUCGAAAAGUAUUACUUGGACAUGACCCCUCCCCCCCAGGUACCACAUUACGUAGCAAUAAGAAAUCACCAGAUGAACGAGCAGUGUGUGGGCUACCUGCGAACGGGCCGCAAAGACGUCCGGCUCCCUUCGCUGUCCUUCUUAGGGCUCAUGCGAUGGCUGUUUUGCAGAACAGCUGGCCGGGCUGCAUCACCGCUACCCAGCUGUGCCCUACAGAGAGGCGAUUGUACAUGUGUAUUUACGGUACGUCACAUUCUCAGUUGCAUUGAAAUGAAGCUAAUGGCAGUUCGGUGUAGCAUGUGCUCACGACAUGAACGUGAAGAAAGGAGAACGGUAUCGGUUUUCAGGCAGAAACAAGGGACGCUGCGUCUUCUCUAAAAGCUGUCACCUCCCACUUGGCUCUGCUGAGCUCCCAUUGGUUAACUGCACAGAUGGGUGACACCUGUCAGUGGUGUGCCCCCCCCCCCCAGCUACAAAGCGCAAACAUCGUAACGACUAAUAAACCGGGAUUUUGGCAGAACUCGCAGGUCUUGAAUGUGGGAGAACAAUCUUUUAUGAUUUUUCUUGAAAAUAACUUUUUUAUGCACAUUUUAAAUAAAUGUAAAUUGUAAAGUGUAUUUUACUGUAAAUAGUAUCUGGGACAUUUUGUGAUCCUUUUGUAACAGAUGGUACAGAACAAAGAAAAGGAAGAAAGGAAAUGUUUACAUGAUAAUGUUUAAAUACAACAUGUAUGCACACAUGUUACCUGAACAGCUUUUAGGGAAGACGUGUCCUCGUACCAACUUGUUUUGUGACCAACACACACACACACACACACACACACAC